GAGAUAACACGCAUAUAUACACACACAUUAGGGUUCAUUCCCACAUCCAUUUUCUUCCUUUUUAACCCUCACUGGAAUAUGAAGCCACCCCUGAACUUCUUCUUGCUCCCUCAAAGUGUUACCUCUUAAAAGGGCAUUUAGAAAGUGAGAGUGAGAGAGAGAGAGAAAGAUAGAGAAAGAAGAGCUAAUAAGCUUGAAACAAAAAAAAAAAAUUAAAAAUUAAAAAUCUCUUCUUUUUUUCAGGCUUUGCCUUCGUUCUCUUUCUUUCUCUCCAAACAACAAUAAUAGAAGAGAAGAAAAAGACCCCCUUUUUUUCUUUCUUUUUUAAAUUAUUUUUGUUAUUAGAGUGUUAUAGAGAGAGAGUUGAGACAUUAGGAAAGAGCUUUAUCCUUUUGUCUCCUCUAUCUCUCUGUCUCCAAUAAUUUUUCAUUUUCCCCCCUUUUUUCUUAGCUACAAAGGUUAGUUUUUGAUUGUUCUCUCAAGUAUAUAAGCUCCAUUCUGAGUGACCCAGUUCAUCUUUUGAGCUCUUCUAUUGUUUGGAAAUUCUGGGCUACUGAGAAUCAUUCAUCAUCAUCAUCAUCCAAAUUGGUCAAUCAGUUUCAGAAUCUGCAAAGUAACUACUUAUACAUGAAGAUCAGAACCCAUAUGUGAAAAAAGCUUAUUUAUUAGUCCCUUUGAGGUGUGUUUUGAUUAGCAAAGCAAAAGUGGCUUCUUUGAUGAGUUUUGGAGGGUUUCUAGACAACAAUUCCGGUGGCGGCGACGACGGUGGCGGUGGCGGCGGUGUGAGAAACAUAGUAGAAAUUCCAUAUAACAACGGUGGUGGUGGCACUACCAAGAACAACAUCAUCAACAACGAUAAUAAUAGAACAACAAUGCCCUCUGGUGCAAUCUCACAGCCUCGCCUUUUAACAACUACUCCAACUUUGGCCAAAUCAAUGUUCAACUCACCUGGCCUCUCUCUAGCACUUCAAACGAAUCUUGAUGGACAAGGGGAUGUGAAUAACAACAACAUUAUGGGGAGUGAGAACAACAACAAUAAUUAUGAAGGAAGUAAUGGAGGAUUGAGAAGGAGCAGAGAAGAAGAACAUGAAAGCAGAUCUGGAAGUGAUAACAUGGAUGGUGCCUCCGGCGAUGAACAAGAUGCUGCCGACAACAAUAAUCCCAAAAGGAAAAAACGUUAUCACCGACACACUCCUCAGCAAAUACAAGAGCUUGAAUCGUUGUUUAAGGAGUGUCCCCAUCCUGACGAGAAACAAAGGCUAGAACUUAGUAAAAGGCUUUGCUUGGAAACAAGGCAGGUGAAGUUUUGGUUCCAAAAUCGGAGAACCCAAAUGAAGACUCAAUUGGAGCGCCAUGAGAACACACUCCUAAGGCAAGAGAAUGACAAGCUUAGAGCUGAGAACAUGUCAAUUAGAGAUGCAAUGAGGAACCCCAUGUGUUCAAAUUGUGGUGGUCCUGCCAUAAUUGGUGAGCUUUCUCUUGAGGAACAACAUCUUAGGAUUGAGAAUGCAAGACUAAAGGAUGAAUUAGACCGGGUUUGUGCCCUCGCCGGCAAGUUCUUGGGCCGGCCCAUUUCGUCCAUGGGCGGGCCCCAUCCGUUGCCAAAUUCAAGUUUGGAGCUUGGGGUUGGCAACAAUAACAAUGGCUAUGGUUGCAACUUGAGCAUAAAUGUGCCUAAUAGCUUGCCUUUGGGGCAGGAAUUUGGGGUGAAUUUGUCUAGUCCUUUGGGUAUGGUUUCCGGGCCGGCGAUCACUCGGCCGCAGCCGAGCGCGGUUGUUGGCGGAUUCGAUAGGUCAAUGGAGAGGUCAAUGUUGUUGGAGCUUGGUUUGGCUGCCAUGGAUGAGUUGGUGAAGAUGGCACAAAGUUGUGAGCCUCUUUGGAUAAGGAGUUUGGAAAUUGGAGGAAGGGAAGUGCUUAACCAUGAGGAGUAUAUUAGGACAUUCCCUAAUCCUUGCAUUGCUUUAAGGACUAAUUCCUUUGUCUCUGAGGCUUCUAGGGAAACUGGCCUUGUCAUCAUAAAUAGCUUGGCUCUUGUUGAGACUUUAAUGGAUGCGAAUCGAUGGGCAGAGAUGUUUCCUUGUAUGAUUGCAAGAACCUCAACCACUGAAGUGAUAUCCAAUGGAAUAAACGGUACCAGAAACGGUGCACUUCAACUAAUGCAUGCGGAGCUUCAAGUUCUAUCGCCAUUGGUACCAGUUAGAGAAGUGAAUUUCCUUCGAUUUUGCAAGCAACACGCAGAAGGGGUGUGGGCAGUGGUGGAUGUCUCCAUUGACGCUAUCAGAGAAACUUCUUCUGCCGGGGCCCCAACUUUUGUUAAUUGCAGAAGACUCCCUUCUGGCUGUAUAGUACAAGAUAUGCCUAAUGGUUACUCCAAGGUGACAUGGGUGGAACAUGCCGAAUACGAGGAAAGGGAAGUUCAUCAGUUAUAUAGAGCCUUGUUGAGCUCUGGCAUGGCCUUCGGUGCCCAGCGGUGGAUCGCCACCCUACAGCGCCAGUGCGAGUGCCUCGCCAUCCUCAUGUCUUCUACUCAACCUUCUAGAGACCACUCAGCAAUAACUGCAAGUGGUAGGCGCAGCAUGCUGAAGCUGGCACAGAGGAUGACCAACAACUUCUGUGCCGGAGUGUGCGCCUCCACCGUGCACAAGUGGAACAAGCUCAACAAUACCGGCAACACUGUCGACGAGGAUGUUAGGGUAAUGACAAGGAAGAGCGUGGACGAUCCUGGGGAGCCACCCGGGAUCGUCCUUAGCGCUGCCACGUCAGUGUGGCUCCCAAUCUCGCCGCAGAGGCUGUUCGACUUCCUCCGCGACGAGAGGCUGAGGAGCGAGUGGGACAUACUAUCCAAUGGUGGGCCCAUGCAAGAGAUGGCCCACAUUGCAAAGGGACAGGACCAUGGCAACUGCGUCUCCCUCCUUAGAGCCGGUGCAAUAAAUUCAAAUCAAAGUAGCAUGUUGAUACUUCAAGAGACAUGCAUAGAUGCUGCUGGCUCGCUUGUGGUGUACGCGCCGGUGGAUAUUCCGGCGAUGCACGUGGUAAUGAACGGUGGUGAUUCUGCUUACGUGGCAUUAUUGCCUUCUGGGUUUGCGAUUGUUCCUGAUGGGCCUGGGCCUCGUGGGGCCCAAAAUGGUGGCGCCGACGCCAAUGGUGGCGCCGACGCCAAUGGUGGCGAUGACCUUGGUGGUGGGGCGCGUGGGAGUGGGUCCCUUUUGACGGUGGCAUUUCAGAUUCUUGUGAAUAGUCUCCCUACGGCCAAGCUCACGGUAGAGUCGGUGGAAACUGUGAACAACCUCAUUUCAUGCACAGUUCAAAAGAUAAAAGCAGCACUUCGGUGUGAAAGUUGACUGUCACGUGAUUAUACUCUUGAGGUCACGUGACUAUUGGGUUUCUAAUUUUUGCUUUUUUUUUUUAAUUUUUUUUUUGGGAGGGUUGUGUCAUGUGGAAAUGAAAUUAACUCGGUGUGAGUGUGUGAAUGAAGAUUGGAAUAGAAUGGCGCGUGGGAAUUGGGAAAUGGGUUUAAUUAUUGGGAGAUAUGGGAGGUGUUGAGUGAGUCAAGAACGAACCGGGUGAAAAACUCCUUGUGUUUUGUGGGAAGGAUCCGGAUCUUGAUCGGGUCGGGUUAGGAUCUUUCGUUGUUCAUUUUCAGCAAGGAUCGUGGUUCGGGUAUUGACUCCGGUCGACCUUUGGGGAAAAGGGAAAUGUGGGGAAAAAAAGUAAUAAAAAUAUUUGGUUAGUAUUUAUAAAAAUGACAAUUUAACUUGUAUUGACUUGUGGAGAUGUUAUAGAGUAUGUAUUUUGUUCCAGUGUAAUGAAAAGUUUCCUAUAUUUCAUUCUUACUAUAUAGGCAAAUUUGGAAGCAAAGCUUAGGAACCAAA